CAUCCAUGUUAGCUCUUGAUUAUAGACUGCUAAGUGGGCUAGGAUGCUAACCUAGGUAAGAGACUGAAAUCACUGAAAUUCAUGGUAGGCCCCCUUCUUCAACCUGAGCAGACCCAUGUUUACCUUCUAACUGUAUGUGGUUUCCACAGAAGAUUUCGGUUGAAAAGCACUCAUAUGAACUAUUAAUGUUUCCGUCUGUGGACAACAUUCCAAGGACAAGGGAGAUCUCUGCUAGAGAGAAGCCCUUCCCAAAAGCAAGUGUGGCUCGGGAGAUACAACUUCCGUCAAACUGUCUGACAAAGGCACAAGACAUUCUCUUGGGAACUGAGGUGGAAGAUGAGGGUGGAUGGAGUUAAAGGGGUGUUUGGAUAUGGGUCAUGGGUUGCAGGGAAAAUAUUCGCUUUAAGGAAGCAGGGCUACUACAGUGAGACACCUUGAUGCUACAAGUCUACCACGAAUUGAAUUUUUUUUAAUUUGUGGAGAGGGAGGGUAGACAAGUGAAUGUGAGCAUGUCGGCAAAGGUUCAGAUGCCAAAGCUGUCUUGAACAGCACUUUUGCUUUAGAACUCUGUUCUUAACAGCAUUGAGGUUGGUCAGGAGUUCACACUGGAAGAAGUACUGACGGGUACAUUUGCUGCUCCCUGUCUAAGCAUGUCAGGCUAUAAGACUGUGCUGCUCAACAGAGCCUUGGCCUUCGAAUUCUUCUUUGGCCCAUUUCUCCUGCGCACAGUAACUUUUAAAAAAUACUGGAUAUAAGUUUUAGUUUGUGGCAGUAGUAAUUCGAUAACGAGGAGUGUGUGUUUGUGCGUGCACUUCUGUUUAUCUGCUUCUUGCAUCAAAACAUCCUCCAGCUGUGGGCCUUUUCCUUCUCUGUAUGUAAAGCCAGUAAACAAAACCAAAAGCCAUGGGAAAAGGGUAAAGAGAGCAGCAGAAAGGAACGUCCUCUUUUGUGAAAAAGCCUGCCACCGGCUUUUAAAGAAAAGUUGAUGGAUCUUCUUCUCUUGCCUAUAUUAAUAGAACAAAGCAGCGAUCCUGGAGCAGAAAUGAAUUUGGAAAUGUGUUGGAAAUGAAUUUCAUUCUUGUGUUGGGGUUUCUCCCUGAAGAUGAGACUUUUACAUCUGAUUUUAAGGAACGAUUGGUUAUGGGGAAAAGGAAAAAAAGGCAAGCAUCUGUCUUCCAGGUUAACUUUUAAAUUAUACUGUUUGGUUUUGGCACGGAAGACCCGGCUUUUAACUCACCAGUGAAGUCUGCAAGGCUGGGCUUUACAUCUAUUUUUAUCCCAUACACUCUACCGCUGGUUCAGUAAAAGGUUGCUGGAUUCCUUACAGAACUCCUAUCCACAUUCAGUCCUGAAGUGGGGAGUUGGGGAGUUGAAUCAGCUUUUGCUCGACUUGGGGUAGAAAAGGUGCUGGGGAGAGGAAUCCAGGCAGGAUCAUUCAGGGUAAGGUGACGGCAGACGUGGUAAGACUGGACUCAACGAGCUGAGUGUCAGGGCAGAGUUAGUCUCGGAGAACAGCAGCUGCCCCCGUGCUGGAGCGCAGGACAGACCAGGGAGGCCAGGUGGGGCGGUGUCUCUGAGAUAGAGGGGGGCAAGGUUACGUACAGCCGGACACAGACUCUUAGCUGGCUCUCCAUGUCAGCAUGAGCGGUAACCAGGGUCCUGGGCAACUGCACGUCAGCCUAUCAGAAUUCAUGGGAGGUUAUUUCUUAAGUGAAAUUCUAAAGAGUUAAAGGAUGAAUUUGGACAGUGAUGGAAUGGAUGACAUCAUCAGUCAAGAAUCCCCAUUGGAUAUGGAGGGGGAUUAUAAAAAGGCACAGAAAAAUGAAAGAGAAUCUAUCCGACAGAAGUUGGCACUUGGAAGCUUCUUUGAUGAUGGCCCAGGAAUUUAUACCAGCUGUAGCAAAAGUGGGAAGCCAAGCCUUUCCUCCCGCCUGCAGAGUGGGAUGAACCUGCAGAUAUGCUUUGUCAACGACAGCGGCAGCGAUAAGGACAGCGAUGCCGAUGACAGCAAGACCGAAACGAGCUUGGACACCCCCUUGUCUCCCAUGAGCAAACAGAGUUCUUCCUAUUCCGAUAGAGACACUACUGAAGAGGAAUCCGAAUCCCUGGAUGACAUGGAUUUCCUCACAAGGCAAAAGAAAUUGCAAGCCGAAGCCAAAAUGGCCCUUGCCAUGGCCAAACCAAUGGCCAAAAUGCAAGUAGAAGUGGAAAAACAGAACAGGAAGAAGUCUCCCGUCGCUGAUCUUCUGCCACACAUGCCUCAUAUAAGUGAAUGCUUGAUGAAAAGAAGUUUAAAGCCCACUGACCUGAGAGACAUGACUAUUGGGCAGCUACAAGUGAUAGUCAAUGAUCUCCAUUCCCAGAUAGAAAGCUUGAAUGAAGAGUUGGUCCAGCUGCUCCUCAUACGAGAUGAGCUGCACACAGAGCAAGACGCCAUGCUGGUGGACAUCGAGGACCUGACCAGACACGCUGAGAGUCAGCAGAAGCACAUGGCCGAGAAAAUGCCUGCAAAGUGAAAAGAAGCCAUCCAACCAGAGGACAAGCUAGAAUUUAUUUUGCUUCUGUGGUUGUAAAAAUGCUGUUGCUAAAGGUGGCAUAGAAACAAACAAAUAUCAGUGUUAGUCAUCGAUAAUGUCUGAAGCUUAACGUCCAGUGACUGGCCUUUGCUUCUUAAUUUAUUUUAAUGUUUUUACUGUGCCACUAAAUAUCAGGCAUUUUAAUAAAAUAUUGUUACAAAAAAUGUACAGUACUUACACCAUCCCAAAUCAUGGUUAAUCAAAGAGGGUAGUUUUAACUUUAUUUUUAUUUGUUUAGAGAUUCUGAGUUGGAGCAGUAUUUUACCAUUUGACUGCUUUCAUUCUUCACUGUAGUUUUAAAGAAGAACUGUAAAUGACGGUGCUAUCCAAGUCAAAAAAUACAUGCCUGCCUCGUAGUGAAGUUGUAGGUCUCUGUAAUAUGUAUAUUUUAAUCAGUUUUCAACAUUUUGUGAAUGUUGACUACCUGAAGUUCAUUUUUAGAUGUGCUAUUAACAUUCUGUUGGAUUCAGAGGGUUCCUUAAAAGUUUUAUGUAUAAAUAUGUAAAAUAAAAAUUAAAACUUUGUUUCAUA